CUCGGAGAGCCCGCGCCGCGCCGCCCGGGCUCCAGCCCUGCACUAUUGCUGGAAUAGAAACUGGGCAUUUCUGAGUCGGAAGUGACUGAACAAAUAAACAACAACAACUAAUGAUACUUUUUAGAUGAUUCCAUGAAUUCAGUUUAACUCGUAGACAAAAGUGCAGCAGAGUCAUGAUGGAUGUAGGAAAAUGGCCAAUAUUUACUUUGCUUUCACCUCAAGAAAUAGCAACUAUCCGAAAAGCAUGUGUGUUUGGAACAUCUGCCAAUGAAGCAAUAUACAUAACGCACAAUGAUGAGGUCUUUGUAUUUGGACUAAACUGCAGUAAUUGUCUGGGAACCGGAGAUAACCAGAGUACCAUUGUACCAAAGAAACUUGAAACUUUAUGUGGAAAGAGGAUUCGCAGUCUCAGUUAUGGAAGUGGGCCACAUGUGAUCCUUAGUACAGAAGAUGGUGAAGUUUAUGCCUGGGGACACAAUGGAUACAGUCAACUUGGGAAUGGGACUACCAACCAGGGUGUUACACCUAUUCAAGUUUGUACCAAUUUGCUAAUUAAGAAAGUAAUUGAAGUGGCUUGUGGCUCCCAUCAUUCUAUAGCACUAUCAUCUGAUGGAGAUGUAUAUGCCUGGGGCUACAACAACUGUGGCCAAGUUGGGUCAGGAUCAACAGCAAAUCAACCAACUCCUCGCAAAGUUUCAAAUUGUUUACAGACAAAAGUGGUGGUCAGCGUUGCAUGUGGUCAGACUUCUUCCAUAGCUGUAGUAGACAAUGGUGAGGUAUAUGGCUGGGGUUAUAACGGCAAUGGCCAAUUAGGUCUGGGAAAUAAUGGCAACCAGUUAACGCCAUGCCGAGUGGCAGCACUCCAAGGUGUAUGUGUAAUGCAGAUUGCCUGUGGCUAUGCGCAUACACUAGCACUAACAGAUGAGGGCUUGCUCUAUGCCUGGGGAGCUAACACGUAUGGACAGCUAGGGACUGGCAACAAAAGCAACCAGCUUAGCCCAGUGCAGAUCAUGAUGGAAAAGGAGAGAGUUGUAGAGAUUGCUGCUUGCCACUCUGCUCACACAUCUGCUGCCAAGACACAGAGUGGCCUGGUGUACAUGUGGGGUCAGUGCCGGGGUCAAUCGGUAGUUCUUCCACAUGUUACCCACUUUUCUUGUACGGAUGAUGUGUUUGCUUGCUUUUCUACUCCUGCUGUGAUGUGGCGUCUCCUUUCAGUAGAGCAUGAAGAGUUCUUAACAGUGACAGAGUCUCUGAAGAGGGAGUUCGAUAGCCCUGAAACAUCGGAUCUAAAAUUUAGGGUAGAUGGAAAGUUCAUUUAUGUACAUAAAGCUGUCUUGAAAAUCAGAUGUGAGCACUUCCGUACCAUGUUCCAGUCAUAUUGGAAUGAGGAUGUGAAGGAGGUGAUAGAAAUAGACCAAUUUUCCUAUCCAGUAUACCGUGCUUUUCUUGAGUAUUUGUACACAGACAGCGUUGAUCUUCCACCUGAAGAUGCUAUAGGGCUUCUGGAUUUGGCUACAUCAUACUGUGAAAACAGAUUGAAAAAGCUCUGUCAGCAUCUUAUCAAAAGAGGGAUCACUGUGGAGAAUGCUUUUUCAUUGCUGUCUGCAGCGGUACGCUAUGAUGCAGAGGAUUUAGAAGAGUUCUGCUUUAAGUUUUGUGUCAAUCAUUUGACUGAAGUCACCCAAACCGCAGCCUUUUGGCAAAUGGAUGGUUCCCUGCUAAAGGAAUUCAUUGCUAAAGCGAGUAAAUAUGGAGCCUUUAAGAACUGAAAGAUGUAGGUGAGUUAUGUCACACAUGCUGUCUUGCAGUUGUGAUUUUAGACAAGCUCCAAAUCAAGCAGUUAAUUUGCAGGGGCAGGGUGUAUAGCUGGAUGAUUUUACUGCUUUGGACAACUUUAUCAGUAGGAUAGGACUUUAAAUGUCUGCGAAACAAUUAAGUGUAUUUGAUUCUGUAUAACUGUAACUUAAAAGAAGACUUGAGGAGCUGAUUCAGUUAGUGUUUCAUAAGCUAAUUGAAAUUAAAUUAUUGCUUCCAUACCACUUUGCCCUAUUUUGAGGGCUUAAAAUUGUUAAAAACUGAUAACUGUUGGAAAAACAUUUUGCAUUGAAAUUAAGUGUAACUUCUAUAUAAU